AUGGAAAUAAAUAAAUUGCAUCAUCAAGAGUCAAAGUCAUUAUCGUCUCAUUCAUCGAUCGAGGUUACAACUACGGUGAAUCACUCGGUAGUCAACGAUCUGAUUACUGAUGAAUAUCAGCAAGAAACUCAUUCUAUAUCAGAUACAUCUCCUUUGCAACUACAUUCAUUAUUACCAUCUCAUCAUGCAUUUCGUUUUAUUUCAUUAUCUGCACAAGUUUUUUUAUAUUAUCUAACUUGUGGCUACUUACUAGAACUUCUAUUCACAUUGGAAGGCUUCAAAUAUACAUCUUGGUUUCUAGCAUGUUAUCAAUUUUGUAUUUAUAGUAUUCUUUCAUUUAUUCAAAUUGGUUUUACUGGAUUAAGUCAACGAAAAGCAAGUUAUCGAUCUUAUCUAAUUCUUGCCAUACUCACUGUAGGUUCUAUGGGUUUAUCAAUUCAUUCAGUUGGUUAUUUGAAUUAUCCUACACAAUUAAUGUUUAAAUGUUGUAAAUUAAUACCGGUACUUAUUGGUGGUAUUAUUAUUCAAAAAAAAAGAUUUAAUCGUUAUGAUGUUGCUGCUACUUUUUGUAUGUCAAUUGGAUUAAUAUUUUUUACUCUAGCUGAUUCAAAAGUUGGACUAAAUUUUAAUGCAUACGGUGUAAUUAUUGUUUGUUUGGCUCUUGUUGCUGAUGCUAUUAUUGGUAAUUAUCAAGAAAAAGUUAUGAAAACAUAUCAUGUAUCAAAUGUUGAAUUAAUAUUUUAUAGUUUUACAUUUGGUUUUCUUCUCAUUUUACUUGGCUUAUUAGUAACAAAUAAUUUAUUUUCAAGCAUCGCUUUUUGGAAUAAGCAUCCUCUUUCAACUUAUGGUUAUGCUUUAAUACUUUCUAUCUUUGGUUAUUUGGGUAUCGAUGUUGUUUUAAAUUUGAUUAAAGAAUAUGGUGCAUUAAUUUGUGUUACUGUGACAACAUGUCGAAAAGCUAUAACAAUCAUAUUAUCAUUUACACUUUUUUCAAAACCAUUUGUUAUCGAUUAUGUCUGGUCCGGUUUAAUUGUUGUUCUUGGUAUUUAUCUUAAUGUUUAUAGUCGAAAUCAAAUAGCAUUUAAUAGUAAAAUAUCAUCGUAUACUAAUCGUUUAUUAAGUUUAUUUCGGUAA